UAAUACUCUCUAAAUGAUCAAGAUAUUCAAUAGACUCUGUAUAAGACGGUCCGUUUCCUCUGCGACUUGUAGAGUGAAGGUCAUGAAGGUAACUAAAAAUACCUAAACUUUGCGGCGCAAAAAAAAUUCGGCAGUAAAUGCUAGCUUCCUACGCAAAGCUUUCCAUAAACCUCCACAAUCCAUCAUCAUGCUUUACGAUCUGAAUAUCGCCUGGUCACCAACGACCAAAGAUGAACAGCUUCUCCAAACACUCACUCGCGCAUCGACACUCGGGUACUCAACCGUCGCGCUGAACCACACGCUCACGCUACCGCUUCCCGCCAAUAACACCGCGCCCUUCCCAACGAUAGAACCCAAGCCAGGCUCCAAGCUUCCAAACAUCCUCCACCGCGCGACUCUUCCUCUCUCAGACCCUUCAGCAAACAACUACCGCAUCCCAUCGCUCAUCUCGACAUAUGACAUCAUCGCGGCCCGUCCACUGACGGAUAAGGCUUUUCAGAAUGCUUGUCUCACGCUCGACGUACCCAUCAUAUCACUCGACUUGACGCAGGACUUGCCAUUUCAUCUUAAGCCGAAACCAUGCAUGGCUGCUAUUAACCGUGGCAUCCGCUUUGAGGUUUGCUACGGCCAAGUAAUCAAUGGCGAUGACCGAGGGCGCCCAAGGUUUAUCUCAAACUUGCAAAGUCUCAUCCGGGCGACACGCGGCAGGGGCAUCAUGAUUAGCAGCGAAGCCAAGAAUGCGCUAUCUUUACGAGCGCCUGCCGAUGUGAUAAACAUGCUCAAUUUUAUGGGAGGGUUAAGCAAUGAGAAAGGCUUUCAAGGUUUUGGUGAAGUGCCUCGAUCUGUUGUGGUGAAUGAGGGCAUCAAGAGGAAUGGUUUCAAGGGUGUUAUCAACAUCGUUGAAGUGGCCGAGAAAGAAAAGGGCGCGGAAAAAAAUGAGGACGGAAAAAAAGCAAAGGGCAAGGGCCAGAAUCAGAAUCAAAAGCGAAAGACUGGCGAGGAGGAUACACAGCAGAUCAGUAAACGGCAGGCCAAGAAGAUGAAGCUGGCCACGAGAAAUGCAGCAAGUGAGAAGGAAUAAGAAAUUUGAGAUUGGCGCUCUGGGACGCGGAUAGGUAGACAGCAUGGCAUCAUGAUACCCAUAGAUAGAUGCACAAGCUGACUGGUAUGCUCUGGAGACUUGCUCACAUUAUUAUAAGACUAGCUACAACAUUACGAGCACGAAUGCCCAUUCGAAAGAAACCCCCAAGUCCGUCUCAAAGUUUUUACCAUUCACAUCAUCGUCUCCAACGCAUUUCAACCAUAGACUCAUGGCGUGCCAGUGGCGCGAGCCUUGAGGCCACCGUUUCCUCCAACCAAGUUGCCCAGGUUGAGCGCGCUGCUGAGCUUUGAGGGGUCGGACAGGUCGAUAGGGGCUCGUGUCCUGGAAGCUGACUCGGCGUUGGCAGUCGUCGUGGGCUUGGUUCCGUCGAGAGCGGGCUGUGCGAGUCUUCCUGUGGUGUCGGGGCCCAUGUUGCCGAGUUCCAUUGAAGGAGCAUAUGUCUGUUGUCCUCCUUGUGUGGAGGAAGCUUCAACCAUGGGUUCUUCGAUGGAACUGACAGGCUGCUGAGGAGCGGUGGACUCCGUCGUAGCAGGUUGCGCAGCAGACGCAGUAGAUUGUUCGGAGACUACGGGUCGUGUCGUCGCAGGCUUCUCAAUAGAACUAGGUUCUACUGGUGCAACCUGAGUCGUGGCGGGCUGCUCAACAGAACUGGGCUCUUGAGGAGCAAUCGCCGUGGGGGCAGGAUUCUCAACAGGGUUGACGAUGCUGGAAGGUUGCUGAGGAACAAUAGUUUCCGAUCUGAUUGGUCCAACCACAGCAAAGGGAUCCGAUGCGAGUGUCGUCUUGGGCAAAAGGCUCUCGGGAAUGGGGAUCGUAGUGACACCAGGGUUGAACUUUCGACCAAGAGCAUCAUCAGACUCUGCGGGGGCUUGCACGGUGUGGAUCACAGUAACAGGCGCCUGGGUUGAGUCAGUAUUAGAUAUGAGUUUUGACCACAAGAACUUACUGGUGCUUCUCCUGGAAUGAUCACUGUAACAAGUUGCUUAGAGGAGUUAGUAACAGCUGAAGGAUACAAGCUAUGGGACUUACAGCCUGAGUAAUAGUUUCAACGACAGGCUAGAAGUCGUUCAGUUAGCAUAGAGGUCUCUUGAAAUGUUUUCAUACUACUUACAGGAGGUGCUGGUACGACCUGGGUAACAUAUUGAGUCAUAACCUGAACCUGAGUGACAUAUUGAGUUUGGACUUGGUUGACGACUUCAGUCUUGGUUUCAGUGACAGUAACUGGAGGU